AUGGCAAAUCUCGCUGCCUUAACCUUGACUUCCUGUGAAUAUUGUCCUUUAUGGCUGUCGUCAAAUCGAACCAAGUCGACUUUUCAACCUCUCAUUCUACUCAUUUCUCAUCGUCUAUUCAAGAUGCGGGCACAACCAGCAGAGAGCAAAUGGGCGAACGUUGAUGUCAGCUACACUUCAGCUCUGUGGGAGGAGCACGUCGUCGCGAGCGAAGUGUUCAUCCUUCCAACUGUUGUGUCAGGUCAAGGCACGCGUCAACUUCUGUCCAUCAUAGACCAGGCCGUCGACGAGCUCAGCGUCCAAGCCCGCGAACUCGCACACCAAGCCAAGACUGCAGACCAUGAACAGAUUGCUGUCAAGUGCGCCACAAUCCACGGGCACCAUCGCAAGCAACAACCACAGAGUUCAGACCUGAAAGAGCUCUCGGCAAAAAUCCACGCUUUGCGAGUCAUCGAAGAUUUCGAAUUAUAUGCGGCGUUGGUUCAGCGGGCCGCCGGUGUGGCAGAGCAUCUAGUGGGCAAAUUCGAGCAGUUGCAAAAGGUAGCACAGGGCGUGCUCACCGAACAGGAAGAAAAAGGCAACGAACUUACACAGACGCCAGAGGGGAUUAAGAAGCUCACCAUCAGCAUCAAAUGCGUGGAUACUAUCUGGGCCGACAUCAUCUCAUCAUGGACAAAGCUCAAGAAGUUGAGAAAGGAGAUUCAGGAGGAAAAGGUGGCAUUGCCGCCGGUUCGUCAGCACUUGAAGGCCAUCGGCGCUAAUGCAGAAGACGACGACGGGGAAGCAGCGGAGGGAGACGACCAAGAGGACUCAGUCUUCGAUGGCGCCACAACAGGUUCUCACGCAACCACUCUUGAGGAUGUACCGAAAGAAGAGCAGGGCGAGAGCGAGAUGCCCUGA